AUGAAUGAACAAACAUUGGAAACAACACAGCAGCGGAAACUUCCUGAAUGGAUGUCUACGCAGAAGAAGACAUAUUCUGUAGAAGAAAGAAAGGCAUCUAUUCAGAAGAGUGUUUUGGAAGAUGAUCUCCCCUUCUUAGAAUUCACUGGAUCCAUUGUGUACAGUUAUGAAGCUAAUGAUUGUUCUUUCCUAUCAGAAGAUAUUAGCAUGAGUGUGUCUGAUGGAGAUGUGGUAGGAUUUGACAUGGAAUGGCCAUCAAUAUACAGUAAAGGGAAACUGAGCAGAGUUGCACUAAUUCAGCUGUGUGUGUCAGAGAGCAAAUGUUACUUGUUUCAUAUUUCUUCUAUGUCAGUUUUCCCUCAGGGAUUAAAAAUGUUGCUUGAAAAUGAAGCAAUUAAAAAGGCAGGUGUAGGAAUUGAAGGAGAUCAGUGGAAACUUCUACGUGACUUUGACAUCAAAUUGAAGAGUUUUGUGGAGCUGACAGAUGUUGCCAAUGAAAAGUUGAAAUGUACAGAGACCUGGAGUCUCAGUGGUUUGGUUAAACACCUCUUUGGUAAACAGCUUCUGAAAGACAAGUCUAUCCGCUGCAGCAACUGGAGUAAGUUUCCCCUGACUGAGGACCAGAAACUAUAUGCAGCCACUGAUGCUUAUGCUGGAUUCAUCAUUUAUCAAAAAUUAGAAAAUUUGGGAGAUGCUGUACAGAUAUUUGCUAUACAUGAAGAGGAAGAAGUACUACCUAGUGACGUGAAGAAACAAUUGACUUCAGUCUCUGAGGAGAUGAUAGGUCUGGCUAAGCAUCUUCCUGAUACUUUCGAAAAACUGGAAAAUCCACAGAGGGUUUCUGUACUAUUGAAGGAUAUUUCAGAAAAUCUGUAUUCAUUGAGGAAGAUGAUACUUGGUUCUACUGAGAAUGAACUGAGGCCCAGCAGUAAUUUUCACUUAUUACCGUUGGAAGAGCCCACUGCUGGUGAAGUACAACAGAAACACAUUAGAGAACAUAAAAUUUUUACUAAAGUUACAGAUGAAGCAUGGGACACAACACCUGAUAAUUUAAUUAAACAUGAUGGAGAAAAUGUACUUGCAAACGAAGUAAAACAAGAAGAAGAUGGAUUUGAAGAUGGACUAGAAGAUAAUAAGUUGGAAGAGACUCCAGAAAGAGUGUGUUUCAUGUCAUUAGAUAUUACAGAAGAUGAACUCCAACGUUUGGAACAACAGGCUCAGCAAAAACAUCUUGGUGAUGUUACUUGCAAAUCUCCUGAGGUACUAAAUACAGUAAAGAGAAACAAUUUUCAUUCAUGGAUUAUUUCCUCAUCAAUUAUGCUGGAAAUUAAUGUUUGAAAUUUUUUUUUUUUGUCUUCCAAGGAUAACGAAGAGGAUAUAUCUUAUGUAAUUGAGAGUGAUGAAGAUUUAGAAAUGGAGAUGCUUAAGUCUUUAGAAAACCUAAAUAGUAGCACAGUAGAUCCAAAUCAUUCAAAAUGCAUAGAAAUGGAAAGAAAUCUGGGUCUUCCUUCUGAAGAAGAUGAUGAAGAUGAGAAUGAAGCUAUUGAAGAGGAAGAAGUUGAUGAAGGUAAGCACUACUGUUGGUUACCAGGACCUACUGCAAAGCAAAUUAAUUGCCUCAAGACCUACUUUGGCCAUUCUAGUUUUAAGCCGGUUCAGUGGAAAGUGAUUCAUUCUGUGUUGGAAGAAAGAAGAGAUAAUGUUGUUGUCAUGGCAACUGGGUAUGGAAAGAGUUUGUGCUUCCAGUAUCCACCUGUUUAUGUAGGCGGGAUUGGCCUUGUCAUCUCUCCCCUUAUUUCUUUGAUGGAAGACCAGGUGCUCCAGCUUGAAAUGUCCAACAUUCCAGCUUGUUUUCUUGGAUCAGCACAGUCAAAAAAUGUUCUAGAGGAUAUUAAAUUAGGCAAAUACCGGAUUGUGUACAUAACUCCAGAAUUCUGUUCAAGUAACUUGGACCUACUCCAGCAACUGCAGGCUAAUAUUGGUAUCACACUUAUUGCUGUGGAUGAGGCUCACUGUAUUUCUGAGUGGGGACAUGAUUUUAGAAGUUCAUUCAGAACUUUGGGCUCCAUAAAGGCAGUACUCCCAUCGGUUCCAAUUGUUGCACUGACUGCUACUGCAAGUUCUUCAAUCCGAGAAGACAUUGUACGUUGCUUAAAACUGAUGGAUCCUCACAUUACCUGUACUGGUUUUGAUCGACCAAACUUGUAUUUAGAAGUUGGACGAAAAACAGGAAACAUCCUUCAGGAUCUGAAGCAAUUUCUUGUCCAGAAGACAAGUUCUGCUUGGGAAUUUGAAGGUCCAGCUAUCAUCUACUGUCCUUCUAGAAGAAUGACAGAACGAGUUACAGCUGAACUUAAGAAACUGAAGUUAGCCUGUGGAACAUACCAUGCAGGACUGAGUAUUAACUUAAGGAAGCAAGUUCAUCAUAGGUUCAUGAGAGAUGAAAUUCAGUGUGUAAUAGCUACCAUAGCUUUUGGAAUGGGCAUUAAUAAAGCUGACAUUCGCCAAGUCAUUCAUUAUGGUGCUCCUAAGGAAAUGGAAUCAUAUUACCAGGAGAUUGGUAGAGCUGGCCGUGAUGGACUUCAAAGUUCUUGUCAUGUACUUUGGGCUCCAGGAGACAUUAACAGAAAUAGGCACCUCCUUAGUGAAAUAUGCAAUGAAAAGUUUCGAUUAUACAAAUUAAAGAUGAUGGCAAAGAUGGAAAAAUAUCUUCAUUCCAGAAGGUGUAGGCGACAACUCAUCUUGUCUCAUUUUGAAGACAAACAGCUACGAAAGGCCUCCGUGGGAAUUAUGGGAACUGAAAAUUGCUGUGAUAAUUGCAGGUCCAGAUUGGAUCGCUGCUUUUCCAUUGAUGACUCAGAUGAUAUGUCACAGGACUUUGGUCCACAAGCAUUCCAGCUCUUAUCUGCCGUGACCAUCUUAGGCGAAAAGUUUGGAAUUGGGGUUCCAAUUUUAUUUCUCCGAGGAUCUAAUUCCCAGCGUCUUGAAGAUAAAUAUCGCAGUCACAGUUUCUUUGGCACUGGCAAGGAUCACACAGAGAAUUGGUGGAAGGUUUUUUCCCGUCAGCUCAUAACUGAGGGAUUCUUGGUAGAAGUUCCUGGGCAAAGCAAAUUUGUAAAGAUUUGCACCCUUACAGAAAAGGGUAGAAAUUGGCUUGCUAAAGCCAAAACAGAAUCUCCUCAGAGCCUUAUCCUUCAAGCUAAUGAAGAAUUGUGUCCAAGGGAGUUUUUUCUACCAAGUUCUAAAGCUGUAUCUUCUGGCACUGAGCAACAUUCCUCUAAUCAAGUACCAAUUGAAUUAUCUUCAGAGCAGCCCAGCUUGCAUAAGAUGUAUUCUUACAAAGCACGUGAUAAAAUUUCUUCUGGGAGUGACAUUCCUGAAAAAAGCAUCAUGGUGCCAUCACCAGGAAAAUAUUACAAGUCCUUAGAACCUGUUAUUUCAGCCAAAGAGCAGGAGACUCAGACUACAUUAUAUGGCAAAUUGGUGGAAGCUAGGCAGAAACAUGCCAAUAAAAUGAAUGUUCCUCCAGCUAUUCUGGCAACAAAUAAGAUACUGGUGGAUAUGGCCCAAAUGAGACCUACUACAGUUGAAAAUGUGAAAAGGAUCGAUGGUGUUUCUGAAGGCAAAGCUACAAUGUUGGCCCCUCUAUUGGAAGUCAUCAAACAUUUCUGUCAAAUAAAUAGUCUUCAGACAGACCUCUUUUCAAGUAGAAAACCACAAGAAGAACAGAAGAAAAGUCUGGUGGUGAAAAAUAAGGCAAGCUCACUUUCACAGUCUGCAGCCAUCACAUAUUCUUUAUUCCAAGAAAAGAAAAUGUGUUUGAAGAGUGUAGCUGAGAACAGGAUUCUGCCUCUCACAGCAGUUGGCAUGCACUUGUCCCAAGCGGUGCAAGCUGGCUACCCGCUCGAUAUGGAGCGAGCAGGUCUGACUCCAGAGAUUCAGAAGACUAUUGCUGAUGUUAUCCGAAACCCUCCCAUCAACUCAGAUACAAAUAAAAUUAAACUAAUUAGAAUGUAUGUUCCUGAAAACAUUGACACCUACCUUAUCUACAUGGCAACUGAGAUCCUGGAAAAAGGCUGCGAAAACAGGAUGCUAUGCCAAUCUUCAUGUGAUUCCAGCAAAAAGAGAUGUUUCCCCAACUCUGAAGAAAGCUGUUCAAAUUCUAAGAGAAGGAAGGAAGAAGUGGGCACUAAUACCAAGACUUCGUCUGAAACCUCAAAGAGAAAAUUACCUGGGUGGUUUGCCAAAAGAAAUGAGACCUUACCUGAUGCCAGCGAGAAAUCAACGGCCAAAACUAAAAAGAAGGGUCUUUUUAAUUAA